AUGAUUGAAAAAUUAAAAGAAAUAGAGCCAGUUGCCGACAAAGAUAUGGUGGUGAAAAAAAUUAAUUCUUUACGAACAGCGUUCAGGCGAGAAUUGAAAAAGGUAAAAGAAUCAAAAUUGUCUGGUACUGGAACUGACGAAGUUCAAGAAAUGGUUAGAGGGGGCACAGGCAAUACGGACGUUUUAGAGGAACAAAUAAAAGCUUCAAAUGAUUAUAAGGAUAGUAUUAGUAAGGAUGAAUGCCAGUUAAUUGAAAGUUGUAUAUCAAGAUGA